GAUAUUCAGUUCAGUAUACGCUCACGAACGCGUCGGAUCCAAACUGUUGAAUGUUUUCGGGCUUAACCUAGACGAAAUCUGGUACACUAAAUUCCGCGCGAUAAAACGACGCUCUAUAUCGCAAACGUUUUAGAACGUCAUUAUUCGUGUCUCUGUCGACUAGUUCCAAUGUAAUUUCUAUUUUCGAUCGUGUAGGAAGGAAUCGUUUUAGUUUGUCGCGUGUACGCGCGGUUCUCUCGUUAUCACGUCUUUUCGAUUCUUCUACUACCUGCCCUUAUCUUACAAACUCAAUCGAGGAUUAUUGGGACAUUGGUUGUUAAUAAUGGCAGAUGAACAGCAACAAUUUUUUCUGAAAUGGAACGAUUUCCAAUCUAAUAUGGUAUCGUCGUUUAAACAUUUACGAGAUGAGAAAAGUUUCACAGAUGUGACGUUAGCUUGUGAUGGUCAAACCUGUAAAGCACAUAAGAUGGUGUUAUCUGCCUGUAGUCCUUAUUUUAAGUCUUUAUUAGAGGAAAAUCCGUCCAAACACCCCAUUAUAAUUCUAAAAGACGUCGCGUACAGCCAUCUUCAAGCUAUUUUAGAAUUUAUGUACGCAGGGGAAGUUAAUGUUUCGCAAGAUCAAUUGCCAGCGUUUCUUAAAACUGCUGACCGACUCAAAGUCAAAGGCUUGGCAGAAGCACCAGGUGCCAUUAAGAGAGAGGGUUAAAAAUUGCACUUAUAGUUAUGGAUUUUGGGAAGCAUGCGGACUGAACAAAAAAAAAAAAAAAAAAAGUGUAAUAAUGUAAAGUGAUCGCGUAAAGACAUAUACCACACACUAUAAAAACACACGCUAUGUGUGCACAACUCAGUGUCCUCUGGUUCAUGACUUGGAUCAACACACAGCGACAAUGUAAAUUAUGCCUUUUCUUAAUCUCAGUUAAUGUUAACGUUGUAUUGAAUGUAUGUAUACAAAUACGGUAGAGAUGAAAUGUUGAUGUUUGUCUUGAACCCAUUGCGCCAUAAUGCGGUGGCAGCAAUAACAUUGAUUAUUUUUUUAAAACAAAGUGCUGCAAAAAAAAACUAAUAAGUGGGUCACGAUAGUUUACAAUACAUGCUGACGGGGCAGUUUUGUGGAUCAAACGAAAAUGUUAACAAACAUCUUUACAACUACCUGAUUUUUUAAAAUGGAUCUACCGACUCGCUAUACUUUCUAUCGGUGGUUUCACGGUAGAUCUAUUCGCAGAGUAUCGAAAUUUCUGGAGUCCGUACCAAAUGCUAGCCGAGCCAAAUAUUUUUAUUGGUAAUUUACCGAUCGAGGAUCUAACAAUUUUAUUUUUCGUUGAUUUUCAAAGAAGGAAAUAUACAUGGAUUAAAAUUUUAUGCUAUAGUAUUGUAUAAGGUUUUGCUGAUACAUCGGUCGGGUACGACCAAAAUGGUCGACCGACACAUUUAUUGGUAUCGAUUCGCACGAAAUUUGGAUCGUAUCGUGACUAGAUCUGCGACACCCCCGGUAAUCCCUUCAAAGAAUGUUAAAUCAAAUUUACUGGAAGUCGUAACGCGCGUGUCGUAUAUCGCUCUCUUUCGUUGUCCACUUGGUUUCGUUACAUUACGUAGUUUCUCACUGCUGGUUAUUCGCAAUCGGAACGAAAACAAUUGUUUCGCUCGUUUAAAAUCUACUCGGAGCCAGUUACUUCUUCCAGUGAUCGUGAUUUUUUACUUAACCAAAUACUGCCAGUAUUUGUACCGGCGUAUUCACAAUAUUACCGAUAGACCAAAUUUAUUUAUGAUAAUAAUAUAUUAAGGGUUGAAUGUCUUAAAUCGAGGGAAGGUUAUUGUAAUAUAAGCAAAGCAAAUUUUUGUAAAGUCGGAGCGCACAGUUCCUUUCCUCUCCGAAAGAAUCAGGAUAAUCAGAGAGAUUUGCACACAAAACAGAAGUCAGGAAACAUUAUCGAGUCAAGAGUACAUGCAUUAACGCUCGAUUUAUGCAAGCUAUUCUGUUAUUAAUUAUAUAUUAAAAUGUCCUAUUGUUUUCAUUCAUAUUUUCAAGUAUUGACGUAUUUCCUUAACGAGUUUGCAGUCCAUAUUAUCUUUCGCUUCACUUUUCUUUCACUUUUUCUCGUAACGACACAAAUCCGAUUCUUGACUCCCGUUCACUUGUCACAUUUCCUUGCAAUGUAUCAUUCUCCUUCGUACCGAAAUUGUUUUUAGCCCAAGUAUUGUAAGAUUCAGAUUUCUGAGAAAGUCGAAUACAUUAUUACGUCCGAUGCGAUCGAUAAGUUUGUUCUAACAAUGCGUAUCACGGUAUCUGAACUCGUCAUUUAACGAGCACGAGCAGCUCUACGGCACCGAAUCGUCGAUUUAGAAUCGACGAUUUCGUGCCCUAGAUUCCGACCACCCUGGAAACAAAUUAUGGUGUACAGGAAUUUUUCUUUCGUAGCGUAGCUUUUAUUUAAUUUUUUGCGUCGGAUGUUCUUGUGAAUAUCAUCGUGAUUGUACGAUUAUUAGGAAGCAGCGAGUUUCGAGCGAACAAAAAAUAAUCACCCUUGUCGUCAGCAAGGUUUGAACGAAUCUAAUAACAACCGUUGUUGCAAUUAAGAAUGACGAAUGUACGAAAUGGGACCAGCAGCAACUAAACGUCACGGUAAUUGGAAUUGACUUUAUCAGUUUGCGUUAAAAGCCACGUAUGUACGUUUCUUUUUCUUUUUCCCCCCCACCCCGGCGAAACACGUCUUCUCACCGCGUAUCCAAUUCUUUUUACUCGUUUAUUUCUGCGAGCAAAAAAGGUAAAUGUCAAAAGUAGAGUUUUCACAGUCAUCCGAUAGCAAGUCACGCAGAAAAAAAAAAAGAAGAAAAAAAAAAAUGAAAGAAAUGACGAUCCCGUGUCUAUUCUCAGUAUUUAAGACAGCCUUUAACGUUAAGACGGUUGGGUUCAGUUCCUACAAUGACACGUUUAUCGGGCAUUUGGUGGUUGAUAUGCGAAUUGUACCGUGUGUAUUUGCUGAACUGCAAAGUUGAGAUAUAUACAUUUUAGAGUAGAAGAAAAAUGUUAUAUGAGUGAUCGAUUCGAGAUAAGUUCGCAAAUUGUUGAUAUGCCUUCCUUCUCGUAUGUUUUUUUUUUUUCUUUUCUUUUCCGAUUUCUUUUUAGUAGACGCUUCCGUAGAGGGGGGUUUGCGUACGUUUUUUUUUUUUUUUGUUUUUUUCUACUCCCUUUUUAUCUGGACUUUUGAGAACGGCCGAUUUGCGAUUUAUUGGUUUACCGAUGUUGUUACCCGACGAAUCUCUCAUUCCUUUUGUACUUUCACGAAAUUCUAUAAUGUUCUCCCCAUUUUU